AUGAACACAAUAUUUUCUAUGCGACUUUCGUUGAUUAAUUCAAAACGUAAAACUCCACUUCUCACUCAUUUGCCAAAACAGCCUAUGAGUAGAAACACAAUUAAUGUACAAUCCAAUUUUAUUCGCGGCUACAGGAAUUUUAUCCUCACAGAAACCAAAAUUACGCUGCAGAGUCAGACUAGUAUUUCUCUAAUGAGCACAUCAAGACGUCUGGUGCAACUCCUGGACACAAUGCGACUGCUUCUCAUCAUUAUAACCCUCGCUGCGAUUCUUAACAGCGGUGUCCAUGGAAGAUCUCCAUCAAAAAUCGUCAAAGGAAAACGAGUUGACAUCUCUGAAGCACCAUUCGCUGUUAUGAUUCGCAAUUAUCUAUCCGGUGACGGGAAAAAUGGGCACAUAUGUGGGGGAAGUAUCAUCAGCAAUAGGCACAUCCUUACGGCAGCCCAUUGCCUCAGGUACAACGAAUCGGAUCCUAAUGACGUGAACCACCCCAGUUUCCUGAUUGUUGUGGCAGGUCAAAACUCCUAUCGCUCCCCUACGAGAAGCUACAAGAUCGAGGAAAUUUACAUUCACCCGAAGAAUAACGGCAGUUUUCACGAUGCCGCCCAAGACAACGCAGACCUUGCGGUUAUCAAGCUCACGGAGGAAAUUUUGUUCAAUGCAAAACGAGGAAAAAUCGAUCUGGCCCGAUAUCCCCCCCAGUCUCACGCGGAAGGGAUUGUUUUCGGAUGGGGACUAACUUCUUUCAGUAAAAAAUAUAUUUCUCGAACAUUGCAAGGAUUGACUGUGGAAGUUUUCGAUAUCGAAGGUUGUAUGUUGGCUCUCCCACAUCUUCCGUAUACUCUGGAUGAAAUGUGCGUUCUCGCAACUACUCCUGGUGCUGAUUUCUGUGACGGUGACAGUGGUGGGCCGUUCGUUAUUAAUGACAAACUCGUUGGGGUCGUUUCUCACGGAACUCAAUCUUGUGACGGCUCAUCUCCUGGGGCUGUAUCUAGUGUCGCUUAUCACAGAUUAUGGAUUGAGGAUGCUGUCAAUGGCAAAGUGAAAGCAGUCGAAUAUUCUGCACUUCGGACCGCGGGGAAUAAUUAUGUCGUCCCACCUUCGCAGAUGAACUCUGACGAGAGCGAGCUCGUGAAGAAACGAGAUUACGCUAUGCAUAAUAAGACAUAA